AUGGAGUCAGCGCACCACAUCACCCAGAAGAUGGAGAACCCAGCCAUCGAGCCAGAAUCCCGAGCCUCGACUCUGCACACCACCACCAUGGAGUCAACCGACCGAAUUACCCAAAAGAUGGAGGACAUGGCCCUCGAUCCCAAAGCCCGAGCCGUCACUCCGUCCGCGUCCACAACAAGCACCGCUUCAUACGCCCCUACCGUUUUCAGCCAGUUGCAGUCUCAAUUCAACUUAUCAUCCAACACCCCCACCACAUCUAAUACAACAGGUGGAUACAUCCACACCACAACUCCAACAGGCCUCGCCUUUUCGAAUCCCAAUGCCAGCGGUAGCACCACCACCACUGCCAUCGACAGCCACCAGUCCCAAGAUCAAGACCUCGCAGCCAUCCUGAUGAACUGCGACGACCCGAUGGGCUUGUACAAAUCUAGCCUGUACAGCUCCGGUCUACACCGCGUCCGCUCCCAGGCGCACUCCCACUACCGCCCUAUGGCAUCCAGAAACCGGGUCACCAAAUCCCGCUCUACUCCCUGCCUGCGCAAGCGUUACUACCAGCUGUCUCACCAGCACAUCGAAGCUCCAUUUCCUUCUACCAUCGUUCAUGAGGCACGAAUUGAGCAACUACCCGGCACCACGGAGAAUUUCAUCACAGCCAACGACGAGGAAAAGGAAGAGGAAGAGAAGGACAGGAAGACGAUGAUGUUUUUCGGGGAGUGUGUUUGGCGUACCAAGGAGAGAGUGGCUGCUGAGAAAGCUUCUGAAGCCGCAAGUCGGAGGCUGAGGGAGUUACAGGAAGAGAACGAGUUAGGAAUCGGAGCUUUUGAAGGGCCUUUUUCUUCUGGGCGUGGAGAGGCUUGGACGCCAAGUCCGAAGGUGAAGAAAACCUAUGUCAAUCAGGAGGGUGAGGUUGUGAAAGAGAGUUGGGCUAUGGAGAUGGAAACUACCCCGAUAGCCAUCUCACCUGUCUUCCUCGCAGGUGGAAAUGAAGACUUUGCCAGGAUGGACGAUGUCAUGGACAACUAUCGGGAGGAGGAUGCUCUGAAGGAGAAAGCCUGGGAGCAGGAAGAUGGUUUGAUGUUUACUACCCAUACCUUCGAGGAGAUGAUCGAGGAGAGCAACUACAACGAGGGGUGGGGGCAGUGGAAGCGAGCGCUUGCAGGGCAGUAA